AUGCCCCAUCUGUCAAUGGCCCAAUGGGCUAGAAGGUUAGAACUGGUUUCAGGUUCAGAUUUUCAACAUCUUUUAGAGCAAAUUAAAUUACCAGUUUAUGUUGAUGAAUCUAUCUUAAAGAGUGAGUUAAGUCUUUUAGUGACAAAGAUUGUGAAAUUACUGAAAUCCAGCAACUCUCCUAAUCAAUAUUACUCGAUCUGGAAAGGUUGUCAUACAGCUGUCAUUAUUUGUUCCUUCAAUCCAUUAGUCUUAAUGGCACACGGUGGUCAAUUAUUAACUGGCAUCUUUGAUAAAUUAGAACAUUUCACAAAUUAUUUUGAGAGUUAUAUGGCUACAUUAGAAUUUGAAACUUUGUUAUCAACAUUAGUUUCAUCAUUAACUCUUUUAAUAGAUUUGAUGAGAAAGAAUCCAACUUUAUCUCGUGAACAUUUAAUUCCUAAAUUAAAAGCCGUUAUUCCAACAUUAAUUAAAUUAAGUGAGUAUAGACCGUUAUUAACUCUUCCGGUAUUAUCUAAAAUAUUGUACAAGCAUUCUACUACUUUUAGGCCAUUUACAAACAAAUAUCGUACUAUUUUACAAUCGAUUUUAUUAUCUGAAGAUAAGCUGAAUCAGAUGGACGAUCAUUUGAAAAAGUUGGUGUGUAGAAAUUAUGCAUACUUAUAUCUAGUUAAGAUUAAUAAUGUAGCUAGUAAUAAUGUCAAUUCCAAUAAUUAUUCUACAUCGUCAUUUCCUGAUGAAAAUUGGAGACUCGGUCUAUUUAGUGUAUUAAGACAAUAUCAUCCAAUUUUUAAAUUAUUUGAUGAAAUCUUGGAUAUCGAUCAAGAUGAACAGCUGAAGAAAGUAAUUGAUACCUUGCCAACAGUUAAAUUAGAUGACACUAGUAUUGAUACGACUCAAUUUUUCUACGGUGAGGCGCUAAAACUAGAUUUAAAUAAACCAUUAUCUUUAUUGAAAAUUGUUGAUCGUAUUCAUUUACUAAACGAAUUAUUAUUUUCAUUUAUUACGUCACCAACCCCAUUUGCAGUUAGAAUUCCAUUAAAGGUAAUUAAUAAUAUUGCAGAAAUUUUGAUAAAUUUGAAUACCAAGUAUCUUUCUAUUAAACGUGAAUUGCGCCAUGAUCAGGAUUUGUGUACAGUAAUUGAGGAUAUUUUAAUAAAAUUGCAAUCUGAAGGCAUUAGAAUUUGCUUGACAUUAAUGAAAACAUAUGGCAAACAAUGUUUAAUCUAUAUUCCAAAUGUUGUUAAUUCAUUGAAUCUGUUUAUCCCGUUAUUACCAAAGAGUGAUGGUAUCAUUAAUUAUUCACUUUGUGAUCAGUUAUCAGGAGUUUUCAAUGAUAUGUUUGAAUUAAUCAAUCUAUGUUUGCCACAUUUAGGUCAUCAAUUAACAACCGAAUUAGAUACUUUGAGUAAAUUAAUUGAUGUUGCAAUGCAUCUUGUUGAUGAGAAAUCUUUAUUGGAACCAUUCUUUGAGACACAGAGGAGACAAAGAAUUGAAAAAAUUGGAAGCAAACCUGUUCAAAAGAAUAAGAAAAAAAACAAGAAUGACACCAGUGGUACUUUAUCGGAUUUAUAUACCCAUUCAAGUAAUUUUGAUGUUAAAAUGAGUCUAGAACAGUAUGACACAAUCAACAAAUUUUUGUAUAAUAUUAUUAAUAAUUGGAAACUGUCAUCACAGCUACAAGUUAGGAUUACAAAAUAUGUUAUAAACAAAUCGGUCUAUUUUAAACAGAUAUUUAAGAUGAUCCCUAGAUCCUUUGUUAAAUUGCUAAGAGUUAUUGUGAUAAAUCCAGGGUUUGAGAGAGUGUCUAUUUUACCAAUAGCUGUAAGUUUAUUGAGUGAACAAUCUGAUGAUGUCUUUGAUGUCUUGUGUCACCCAAGAUUACCUUUGGGUAGCAUAUAUAAUAUGAAUUUUUUCAACAACAAACAUGAUUUAAUUGAGGGAAAAAAUAAUGUAUCGAUAGAUGAAUUUGAAAUAGUCGAGGAAACAAAAGAACACCAAAAUUUGGAAGAAGGGCAAACUUUAGAAAAUGUGAAAGAUACUUUUAUUGAAAAUAUUUCCAAGACUUCAAAGGAAGUCGUUUCAAACGACUCUAUUGAUGAAAGUAUGAUAUUGAAAAGGAAUAGGAAUGGUGGAGAUGAGUCUUCUGCAGAUAUGAGCAGUAAACGUGUCAAGAUUGAUGAUAUAGUGAAAUCAGUUGAAUUUAAUAAGAAUCAACCAAUUACUUCUCUUUUGUUAGAGAAUGAGAAGCAAGCCGGAAAACAAGAUGAAAAUAAAAGAGACGAAACAACUACAAAAAAUUCUGGUAAGGAUAUAGAUGAUAAGGAAAAUUCUGGUGAUGAGGAUGAAGAUGAAGAUGAAGAUGAAUUUGUUAUCCCUGAGAUAGAAUUGAGUGAUGAUGAGGAGGAAGAGUAG